UGUUAUACGCUCAAAAUUAGUUUUAUAAAAAAAUUAAAAAAAAAAGUAUCGAUCGGCAACUAUUUAGAAAUUUCUAAGUAGAAAAUACAAAGAAAAGCAAAAUACUAGAGGCGGUUAUCAAAUGAACGCAAAAUAUAGAAGUGAUUAGGUCGCGCAGCAAUUAUAUUUUAUGCAUAAAAUAUUUUUAAAAAUUUUCUAAAUGGUCUUUUGAAGCAAUUCUUUAAUAUCAAAAAAAAAAAAAUAAUUGAGGCGUAAAAAACCAGAAUUUAAUUUGAAAAAAAAAUCAAAGCAAAGGAGUAGCAAUGGAAUCAUUAGAAUCUCCAGGAAAAUUUAAUAUUGAUGUGAAAAAAUUUUACAAAAUCAUGCGAACAAAAGACAUUUUAAUUUUUAUUUUAUUGGAAUCACUAUUAUUAUUGAGCUCAGUGAAUGGACAUCGGGAACAUAAGGUUCACAAUAUUACUUUGUACCCAGAUAAACAUUCAUGGUGUAAUGUUUUGCCAAUAAAACAAGUAAUUAGCCAUCCUGGAUGUAAAUCAGUUGAAAUUGAUAAUAAUGUUUGUGUUGGUGCAUGUUUCAGCUACUCAAUACCACAUACAGAACCAAGUGAUCCUGGAGAAGUUAUAGUUCCAUAUUGUGAUAGCUGUCAACCAUCAGAAAAGAAAUUAAUUCAUAUUAAUUUGGAAUGUGACGCUAAUAAUGAAUCUGAUAAAAAAUCGCAACAAUUAAAAGUUGUUCAAUAUAUAACAAAUUGUACAUGUACAUCAUGUGAAAAAGAUAAAUAUUUAGAACAAAUAUUACUUGGAAAUUCAGCCAAAGAAAUAAAAGAAUUACAAAAUGAUGCACCAGAUUUAUUAGAUGCUUUACAAAAUCGUGAUGAAAUUAAUCCAAAAUUCUUUAAUUUAGAUCCAGAACGUUCAAAAUUAUUAAAGAAUUUAAUGAAUAGUCAAAUUAUGACAUUAUUAAAAAAUAUACAAUCAGAAAAUUCACAAAAGGAUAAAGAACAAUUAACUGAAGCAUUGAAAAUAAUUAAUGAACAAUCUAAAGAGAAAGUCAGUGAUUCAACAAUUGCUGCAUUAGUAAACAGUUUCUAUAGAGAAAAUAUAGAAUUAGAUUUACCAAAGCUAUUGGAAACAUUACAAGCAUUAGAUAAUUCAAAAUAUUUUGAAAAAUUACGUAAAAAUAAUAAUCAUCAUGAAGGUAGCGGCUCUGAACAUAAUUAUAAUAAUAAUGAUGAUGAUGAAAAUAAUGAUGAUAUUUCAUUUAAUGAUGGUUCACAUGUUGGUAUGGGUCAUUUGAAAGGAUCACAUAUUGGUAUGGGUUUUACACAUCAUUAUACACAUCAUCAUCAACAUCAAAAUCAUCAUUCUAAGAAACCAUCACAUCAUGAAUAUGAUACAGAUAAUUCAUCAUCGAAUGAAGAUUAUGAUGAUAGAAGUGAUGAACAUAAUGAACAACAUCAUCAUAAUGAUGUUGAAGUUGAAAAUAUACCGAAUAAAUUAGAUUUAAAUGAGAAUUCUUUAUUACAUAAAUUACAUCAUAAAAUACAUACACAUCAUAUGCAUCAUAAACAUCAUCAUGGUAAUACUGGUACAAUACAUCAUGUUGGUGGUGAUAAUACAUCUGGCAGUAUUGGUAGCUCAACAGAUUCAAGUGCUGCAAAUGAAAUUGAAAAACCAUCAUCAAUUUCUUCUUCUUCGUCGUCUUCUUCUUCAGUGAAUAAUGGUGGUUCGAAUAAGGAUGAAACAAUUCAUCAAAUUCAUUCAAAACAUCAUCAUCAUAUGCAUCAUCAACAUGGUCAUCAUCAUUUAGGUGAACAUCUUGGUCAUGGUCAUUUAACACAUGGUCCACAUGGAUCUUUAGUUAUUGAACCAGAUCAUAUUGAUCAUGAUGAUGUUGAAAUACAACAUUCAAAUGGACAUGAAAGAAUAAAUGUUAAUCCAAAUGAUUUAAAACCAAAUAAUGCUGGAACAUUAUUAAGUUAUUCAAGUCAUCCUACAUCUUCAAAUAAUUCUUAAAGAAUAUUUAGAAAAUUUUUUUUCUAUUUUCUGGAAAUUUUUUUUUUAUGUAUCAAUGUAUAAAAGAUAGAAGGUGAAUAGAUGUAAAUGCUAUUUGUAUAUAAAAAGAAAUAUUUUUUAAGACCCUAAGACGAAGGAAAAUUUUUUGUCAAUUAAUAAAUUUGGGUCAAAAAAAUUUAAUUAUUUUGUUACCUACACCUAAUUUAAAAAACCCCAUCUGAAAAAUUAAUUAAUUUUUUAAAGCUCUUUGAAAACUAAUUCCAUUAGUUACUUUGAGAGAACUAAAGGGAAAUUUUCAAAUACAACUUUACUUUAUUAUAAUCAACAUUUCAAUUCAAAUAUCUAAAUCCAGCCUUAAUGUUAGUAAAAUAAUUGGACGCUACAACUAGAGUACGAAAAUUAAGAGAAAUGUUGAAAUGAAUUCUUUUUUUUUUCUACCCCCCAAUAAAAUUUGUGUACUAUUAAAAAUAUUAAUUUUAAUUAUUUGAAUUUUUGUUGUAAUUUUUAAUUAUUGUUUUUUUUUUUUAAUUUUUUUCAUAUAAAUUUUUUUAAUUUUAUUUUUAGUUAUGUUUUUUUUUUAUUAUUUUAUAUGUAAACUUUUAAUUUAAAAAUGAAUUUUUUUGAAUUUAAUUAUUGUAAUAAAAUGCUUAAUGUUACAUAAAUGUACAUAUACGUAUAUAUA